AUGCCGGACCCCACCAACCUCCCCCUCCCCCUGUUCCUCUCGCAAACCCUCCACACCCUCCUUCCUAUCCUCAACGAUGAACAGCCCCUCUCCAGCCCAGCAGCCCAAGCCAUCCUCGCAGAAGGUCUGGACGAUCUCUAUCUCGUGGCGCGGAUGAUUACCUCCCUGGGCGUCUUCUCGGAGAAUGAAGGCGUGGAGGAGCUGGGCGAUGGGGAGUUGGUGUUCAUGGCGACUGGGUGGAUUUUGGGAGAGGUGGAGGCGAAGACUGGUUUAGGGGGAUGGGACGAGCGGAUGGCAUGUCUAAGAAGAUCAGAUACGGCGUACAGCUCCUUCUUGCAGCUUAUAUCCGCUUACGGGGUCCUCUCGCCAGAGGAGCAGGCCGAGAGCUCCGCUAUGGCAGAUAGCACCUCCCGGGCUGCUCCUCGCGACCCGGCGCAGAAACGGGAAGCCAAGAUCCGGCAAUACAAGCGGGAGAAGGAACUGCGUGAGAAGAUCUCGGCGGCUCUUCCCGGCCAGGUAGACAGCUCCUCUCAUCCCGUUACACUGCUCAUCGCCCUCCUCCCUUCUUCACCUACGCACAACGCCCGCUCCUCCACAUCCACAUCUGUCAACCCCGAACCUGACGCCCACACCCGGGAAAACACCCUCCUUCUCUUACGCCUCCUACACACCCUGACCCUCGCCUCCCUCGGACACAACACGAUGGAGCUCGAACUACUCGCCUCUGCACCGCGCGAUCCAGCUGCUUCGUCUUCGGGAUCAUCCGCCCCACCCAGAGAAGAAGAAAACGACAAUACCUGGCGCCUCGAUAGGUCAGCGGCGGGGUAUCGCCCCAGAGAGCUCAUCUCGGGCGGCGGGAGGGUGUUGAGGCCGUUUACGAUAUUACCGAGUACGAGCCAGUUGUCGGAUAGGGAGAGGUUGAAGGGGGAGGUGUUUAGGAGUGGACACAGGUUGCCUACUAUGACAAUUGAUGAGUAUCUGGAUGAGGAGAAGCGGCGGGGGAAUGUGAUUACCGGUGGAGGGCAAGCUUCAUAUGACGCGCCAACCAAUUCGGAGCUGCUGGCUUUGGAGGCGGAAAAUGACGGUACGAUGCGUGGAGAUGAGGCAGAUGAGGAGAGACUGCUGAAGGAGGAGUAUUGGGCGCAGUACGGAGAGCUGAACAAGAAGGGAGCGGGGAAUACUACAAACAGGGGAUAG